UUAUCAAAGUGCUCGAUACUAUCGCUUAAAUGAAAGACGCUGAUACACAGCUGAUAAAUAUUUGCUGCUCUCAGAAUAUAGUGUACUAUGAUUAUAGCGGGCAUAAAAAUACGUUCAAAACACAGGAAGAUGUGCAAAAGAUCUGUGGAGACUUUUUAAAGGCACUUAAAAAAGAUUUGAGCCUUGAGGAAAUAACGUCUUUAUAUUCCGCUGCCAUUAUGUUGCUUAUACUAGGAGAUCCUGAAAUACAAAAUCAGCGGCUCGAACUCUUGAACGAUUGUUUCAAUUAUUCAGACAUGUUAAAGCCAACAAUGAUUGACUAUGCCACUCGUGAAUUACUUGAUAACUUAAAAUUCGCUGCAAGCCUUGCUGAGAACCAUACUGACUAUGAUUAUAUGCUUUAUUUAUUAUGGGCAAUACCGCAUAUAAUCACAGCAAGUGAAACGGGAAAAAUGAUAUCACUGGGCCUUUUGCGCGCUUUUAUAGUCGAGCUGGCGAAUACGAGUCCAGUUGUCAUGCAUAUAUAUCGAAAUAUUUCAGAAGUCUGGCAAAUGAUUAAAACCCUAAAGGUGGAGACAAUACUAGACGAAUGGUCACUGAAAAAAAUAUACACAUUGGUUAAGAGCUUUGCAUUAAUAUUGGCAACAGCUGCGUUUAACAAUAACAACGCGGCAUUAAAGCAAGCCGGGUACCGGGGCUUUGAGCUGCCCCAAGCAGAGACUGGGGCUGAAAUAACGGAGUGGUUCAAGAUGCUCAGAAACAAGCUGGAAGAGAAGCACAAGGAAGACAAAUGUAAAGCAGGCUUGAUGUUGGUACGCUUUAUUGACUUUAACAUACUGAACCUUUUACCGGAAGCUGGAAAUGAAAUAGCUUCAGAGCCUGGAAACGAAGCGGUGCAUAACAAAAGAAUAAGUUUUUAGGUUUUACAAUAUACAUAUAUGGACAUCCACGGGCACCACCACACUGUUGUAGUAGUUGGAAGAGAUUCGAUUAAGAAAA